UACUAAUUAAUUUAUAUUUAAAUCUCAGUGGUGUUGUGAUAAAAUGACUUAUACACUUGGACGUGCAUUCUCUCAUAUUCUCAUCCUUAUAGGUUCACUCUUAAUAUUUCUAGUGACCCCUUCCUCUUGUUUCAAUCCAAGGAAGCUUGUUAAUGUUUCUUCAUACUCCUCAUCUGAUUCAGAUUGGUCACCUUCAAUGGCCACUUGGUAUGGACCUCCCAACGGUGAUGGAAGUGAAGGUGGUGCUUGUGGAUAUGGAAAUGCUGUUGGGCAACCACCAUUCUCUUCAAUGAUAUCCGCCGGAAGCCCUCUCAUCUAUGACUCGGGUAAAGGCUGUGGUUCAUGCUAUGAGGUGAAGUGCACAGGAAAUUAUGCCUGCUCUGGAAAUCCUGUAAAUGUAGUUAUCACUGAUGAGUGUGGUGGCUGUGGCUCAGAUGCCCAAUAUCAUUUUGAUAUGAGUGGUAGUGCUUUUGGUUCCAUGGCAAUUUCAGGUCAAGAUGAAGAGCUACGAAACGCUGGGAAAAUAGUCAUUGAACAUAGAAGAGUAGAAUGCAACUACCCUGGUAUGUCAUUAGCUUUCAAUGUGGACUCUGGAUCCAACCAAGAAUAUUUUGCUACCAUGAUUAAAUAUGAGAAUGGGGAUGGUGAUCUUGACAAAGUUGAAAUCCAGGAAGGAAUUGACUCAUCCUCUUGGGAUACAAUGCAACAAUCAUGGGGUGCUGUUUGGAAAUUUGAUAAAGGGUCACCACUUAGAGCACCAUUUUCUAUUAGGCUAACCACACUUAAGUCUGGGAAGACAGUUGUGGCAAAGAAUGUGAUCCCUGCAGGUUGGAAGCCUGGUCACACUUAUAGAUCAAUUGUGAAUUUCUAAGCCUAAAUGUUUGUUUAUUUGGAUUAUUAGCGUAUAGCGCAAUAUGUGCUACUCAAUCAAGUCAUCUUAAGUGGACUUUGGAUUGUCUUCUUUUAAUCAAUUAAGAAUGGAAAAAUGUUACCUACCGUGUUAAUUAUAUCAAAUUAUUAAUUUCUAAGUA